GAGAGAGACACAAAUUGCCGCUAACUGCCAAGUAAAACAUUCUGACUAAAUCAAAUGACACGAAUUUACUUUAAAUUUACUGUAACAUUUUGACGAAUCCUCAAAGUGAAAACUCUAAAUCCAGCAACCCGAAAAGGACGUAGUCGGGUUUUUAAAGGAUUUAGUGACAUCUUGUGUGCGAAGAGGAAGGUGCACUCUUUGGGAGGAAGAACGUGGACAAACCAAUUUGCAGCAGCAGCGUAGAAGUUUCAGAAAUGGCUGCUCAAGAGGAAUUUUUUGCGGACAUUCAGAAGAUCCCAUAUGUCCCCACUGCUGGGCCAGGAGAUGUCAUGUGCUUCAAACACUACAAUGCAGAGGAGGUAUUGAUGGGGAGGAAGAUGGAGGACUGGCUGAGGUUCUCAGUCUGCUACUGGCACUCCUUCUGUGGAACUGGUACUGUAACAACUGACCCAACACUCACAUUAAUCAUCAUCUAUCAAACAGUCUGUCAAGGUGUGGUAUUCACUAAUACAGUAUGAGGGUCAGGUAUAC